AUGACAUGCAUCUCCUCAUUUCUCCAACAGGUCAGUGAGGACUGUCUCUACCUUAACAUCUUUGUCCCUCGAGACGUAAACUUCAGCUCUCCUCUGCAAAGCCUCCUGCCCGUCAUGGUGUGGAUCCAUGGUGGGGAUUUCAUAGCUGGGUCAGCCUCAAAGCCCAUGCAUGAUGGACGUUUCAUCAGCAACUUCACCCACACUAUUGUUGUAAAUGUGGAAUACCGGCUUGGCGCAUUUGGAUUCCUGGUGUCUGGCAAAGACCCUCAAACCUCAGCCGCGGGGAAUUAUGGAAUUUUGGAUCAGCAAGCAGCCCUGGUUUGGGUUCAGAGGAACAUUGCUGUGUUUGGAGGCGACCCUGGCAAGGCAAGCAAGCAAACACACACACAAAUCCACAUCCCAGGCCAAUGUCUCAAGAUAAGACAUUUAUUCUACGUGACACUAUUUGGGGAGAGUGCAGGUGCUCAGUCGGUGAGUCUUCACCUGAUGAUCCAGAGCAGCAAGCCGCUGUUUAAACAGGCAGUCCUGCAGAGCCUGCCGUUCUCCAUCCCACUUAAAACCAGACACGAUGCCCUGAAGCUGGGAAAAAACUUCGCAAAACAGACCAACUGCUCAGUGAGCGACUUCGUCUGCCUGCUGUCUCUCCCUCCACAGGCUGUCCUGUCCGCGCAGAUGAAAACAAGUUCUAAGAUUGUGAACCCCUUCAGGUUCUUGGAGGUUUUUGAGACAUGGGGUCCAUACAUUGAUGGGGAGUUGAUCAAAGAACAGGCGAUUGCAGCCUUUCAGAAAGGACACUGGCAAAAAGAGAAGGCAGUGCUGCUGGGUACAACCUCAGAGGAAGGGGUGCUUUUUGUGUAUGGUGUCUUCAACAAGCCUGUAUCUGCAGUGGAGUGCACUGUGUACAUCACAGCAAUCUUUAAACAACAUGCUCUACGGAUCCUACACAAAUACCUGCCCCUGUAUAGGGAUGCUGACCACCGGAAUAUGAUGGCUCAGGUAAGACAGACUCAGAAAAAAUGCAUCCUGACACGAGUCUUUAUGUCAUGGAAGGGGAGAAACUCAGGCUAUUUAUCCCGAAAAACUAUGAAAAAAUUGCGAUUACUUUGUUUCCCCAAAGGUUUGGUCAAAUAA